AUGAAACCCCACGAUUCCAGCGAUGCAUCUCUACCUGGUAAAGGAGAAUCCGGACUCGUGUUCACUCCAGAGAGUCCGAAGUCGUUUUUGGUUUGGUUCUACCUGAGCGUAUUCUGUAAUUUUAUGUGUUUUGCAAUUAAUACUGUCUUCAGUGCUGUCAGCGUAAUUGAACGACAUCGGACGUUCAGGCACUCUUUCUACACAAUAGUGCUUGUAUUCUCGCUGAGCGUUGUAAUAAGCAGCCUUUGUAAACUCAUCUACCUACUUUCCGGCAUGGCAGGGUUGCACAUCAAGUUAUUCGACUGUCUCUCUGCGAACGUAGACCUUCUCUUCUCGUAUUUCUCCGCUUUUCUCAUUUUCCUGUUGGGACUUAACCGCUUUGCUGCAUUCUCUUCGCCAUACCUCAACGAAAAACUCAUGAAAAGGAAAACCCUUAUCAGCAUAUUAUUUGGACUUCUGCUGUUUUCUGCCAUGGUGACUAUACUUAUAUACGUGCUGAGUGGAUUGCAAAGAGUUUUCAACCCAGCAUCCAUCACGGACUACGCUACUACAGAGCACUACGGUCAAAGAGAGAAGAUGUUGUCAGUGAUGUCACAAAGUCUCUAUUGGAUGCCGCCGAAAGAUGCACUCUGA